AUGUCUAAGGUCGAUGUAUUCACAGCAGCCUACGCUAGAGACAGGGAUGCCAAUGACCCUCUCAGUUACCUGCGCGAAAAGUUCGUAAUACCCAGCAAGUCCUCGUUGGCGAGCAAGAGUCUGCAUUCGCCCGUCCCUCCCGCAGAUGAAAGGGACAAUGAGCCAAGCAUCUACCUCUGCGGCAACUCGCUCGGGCUUCAGCCUGCCUUGACGAGGGCUUACAUGCAGCAGUACCUCGACACAUGGGCGACCAAGGGCGUCUAUGGCCACUUCAAGGAAGUCGAGGGUUCAAACCUCGUACCAUGGUUGCAUGUUGACAGCGACUGCGUGCCCGAGAUGGCAAAGAUCGUUGGGGCGUUGCAGUCGGAAGUUGCGAUCAUGCAAACGUUGACUGCGAAUCUGCAUUUGAUGAUGGCGAGCUUUUUCAAGCCGACGAAGGAAAGGUGGAAAAUUAUCUUGGAGGGCAAGGCGUUUCCGAGCGAUCAUUACGCCAUUGAGUCUCACAUUCGCCACCACGGCCUUGAACCAGCAGAUAGUAUGGUGCUUAUCGAACCGGACAAGAGGGAUUCACAUAUUAUAUCAACCAACCACAUCCUCUCCAGAAUCGAUCAGCACGCCUCAGAAACGGCGCUACUCUUACUGCCAGGCAUCCAAUUCUACACAGGCCAGUACUUCGACAUGCCCACCAUCACCGCCCACGCCCAACGCCACGGCAUCAUCGUAGGCUGGGACCUUGCUCACGCGGUCGGCAACGUGCCACUUCAUCUCCACGACUGGAACGUCGACUUCGCGGCCUGGUGUACGUACAAGUACCUCAACUGCGGACCCGGAGCCAUUGGCGGCGCGUUUGUGCAUGAACGACAUGGUCGUGUUACUGAGCAUCCUCCCAUAGAGCCAAACGGUGAGCCCAGCUUUGACUACCACCCUCGACUGUCCGGGUGGUGGGGAAGCUCCAAAUCGUCACGGUUCGCAAUGACGAAUCGUUUCCAUCCCAUUCCCGGCGCUGCCGGGUUCCAACUCAGCAAUCCUUCCGUCGCCGAUACUGCGGCGGUGAAGGCUAGUCUCGACACGUUUCAGCUGACAGAUAUGAAGGCGCUGAGAGAGAGGAGUCUGCAGCUCACUAAGUAUCUUGAGGACCUUCUCGAUAUGCUCACCACGGAGCAAGAACGAAGAUUCGAGCGAAGGUGUUUUAGUAUCAUCACGCCGCGCGACCUUGCCCAACGGGGUGCGCAGCUGAGUCUACUCCUUCAGCCGGGGUUACUGGAUCCGGUCAUGGAGAGUCUGGAGGCUGCGGCUGUGGUGGUGGAUGAGCGACGACCAGAUGUCAUCAGAGUUGCUCCGGCGCCACUUUACAACACGUAUGCGGACGUGUAUCUGUUCGUGAAAGCGUUCCGUCUCGCUUGUGAGGACGCUGUUACUGGAAAAACGUCGGUUGCGGACGGUGAGCCGACUGUCAUGGCCGAAGGUGGAAGGGGUGAGAAGGGCUGGAGCGAGGUUAAGUGA